ACAGAGAAAGAUAGAGAGAGAAAGAAACACACCGAUAGCCGCAAGAAUCACACAAACCCAUCGCCAUAUAAGAUUUUGAAAUUUUUAUAUGUUUGAUAGAUAAGGCGAAGGAAGAGGUACAUAGGGUAAGAUUUUUGUUGUUAUGGAGUUUAUCGGAAGGAUCUGAGAGCCGAUCGAGUCGUAAAAGUUGGGUUUUCGGGUGUGUAUUUCGCCGAUUGAUCAAGCAUUUGGUUCCGAUCAUCUCGAUUUUGCAGUUCCUGAGUUAAUUGGAGGCUUGAACUGGACACAGGGGAUAUGAGUUGGAUGUAAAUUGCAUGGGUGACGAUGCCACAACUGCGAAGUGGAGCAAGGAGAUCAAAACGGCUUGGUGAUCUUCAGCCUGCCACUCAACCUGUUGAUCAAGGGGAAAACGUUGCUACACCAACUCAAAACAGAACUAGAAGGAAGACUGGUGGUGGAAGGGGAAGGGGUGAUGCUGCAGCUGUAGCAAAAGGGCCUGCGGCAGCAAUACCGGUGAGGCCAACUACUGCUGGUAGAGGCAGAGGCGCUAGGUUGAUUGAUUUGGACCCAGAACCACCUUGUGAGAUUGUUCCUGACGCUGCUGCUCUUGGGGUUCGAGAGCCUAUUCUUAAUAGAAUAGAAGCGGUUGCAGAUAAAGAUAUUGCCAUGGAGGGUGGAAGUGCGGAUAAAAUAAUGGGAGUUGAAGAGGAAGGAAACGCAACUCCAGUACCUGAGAGGGUACAAGUGGGUAAUUCUCCUUUAUAUAGGACAGAGAGAAAGUUGGGCAAGGGCGGUUUUGGGCAGGUUUAUGUUGGUAGGAAGGUAAGUGGUGGUACCGAAAGAACAGGCCCUGAUGCUGUUGAGGUGGCAUUGAAGUUUGAGCACCGUAAUAGUAAAGGUUGCAACUAUGGUCCUCCUUAUGAGUGGCAAGUUUACAGCACAUUGAAUGGAUGUUAUGGGAUUCCAUGGGUUCACUACAAGGGUAGACAAGGUGAUUUUUACAUUCUGGUCAUGGACAUGCUUGGACCUAGUCUUUGGGAUGUUUGGAAUUCUUUAGGCCAAUCGAUGUCACCAAGUAUGGUGGCUUGCAUUGCUGUUGAAUCAAUAUCAAUUCUUGAAAAGCUUCACUCAAAGGGGUUUGUACAUGGAGACGUGAAGCCAGAAAACUUUCUACUCGGUCAACCAGGAUCUGUGGAUGAGAAGAAACUAUACCUUAUUGAUCUUGGCUUGGCAUCAAAAUGGAAAGAUUCAACAUCUAGUCAGCAUGUUGAAUAUGAUCAACGGCCAGAUAUUUUCAGAGGUACAAUAAGAUAUGCAAGCGUGCAUGCACAUCUAGGUCGAACGGGAAGUAGAAGGGAUGACCUGGAGUCACUUGCGUACACAUUGAUAUUUCUCAUUAAGGGAAGGUUACCAUGGCAAGGCUACCAGGGAGACAACAAGAGUUUUCUUGUUUGCAAAAAGAAAAUGGCCACCUCUCCUGAGUUGAUGUGUUGCUUUUGUCCUGCCCCAUUUAAACAUUUCCUUGAAGCGGUCACAAAUAUGAAAUUUGAUGAGGAACCAAAUUAUUCUAAGCUUAUAUCGUUAUUUGAGAGUCUUAUUGAACCAGUUACCUCACUAAGACCAAUCAGAAUUGAUGGGGCACUCAAGGUUGGACAGAAACGAGGUAGAUUACUUAUCAAUUUGGAAGAAGAUGAACAACCGAAAAAGAAAGUACGAUUAGGUAGUCCUGCUACACAAUGGAUUUCUGUUUACAAUGCACGUCGGCCGAUGAAGCAAAGAUAUCACUAUAAUGUUGCAGAUGCUAGACUUCGUCAGCAUGUGGAGAAGGGUAACGAAGACGGUCUCUACAUCAGCUGUGUGGCGUCAGCCUCAAAUCUUUGGGCCUUAAUCAUGGAUGCAGGAACUGGAUUUUCUUUCCAAGUUUACGAAGUUUCACCUGUCUUCCUUCACAAGGACUGGAUAAUGGAACAGUGGGAGAAGAAUUUUUACAUCAGUUCAAUAGCUGGUGCAGCCAACGGGAGCUCUUUGGUUGUGAUGUCUAAAGGAACACCUUACUCUCAACAAUCGUAUAAAGUGAGUGAAUCAUUUCCGUUUAAGUGGAUCAGCAAAAAAUGGAAAGAAGGAUUUCAUGUGACUUCCAUGACCACCGCUGGCAGUCGCUGGGGUGUCGUGAUGUCAAGAAACGCAGGGUUCUCUGACCAGGUUGUAGAACUUGAUUUUCUUUACCCAAGUGAAGGAAUCCACCGCCGAUGGGAGAGUGGUUACAGGAUCACAUCUAUGGCCGCUACGGCUGAUCAAGCAGCUUUCAUACUGAGUAUCCCGAGGCGCAAAAUGAUGGACGAGACCCAAGAAACUCUGCGAACAUCUGCUUUCCCAAGCACCCAUGUGAAGGAAAAAUGGUCGAAGAACCUUUACAUCGCAUCCAUGUGUUAUGGUCGAACCGUUUGCUGAAAAACAGACGGAAUCCAUUUGGACCAUGUGAGCAAAAAGUUGCAGGUAUGUAAAGAUCUUGGUGUUAUGUUGCUGUGAAAUCAAAAUAGAGUUGAUAAUGAGAAGGAAAAAAACCAAAAAAAAAGAGAAAAAAAGAGGGAAGUUUGAAUGAUAGAAGGAGAAAGAGAAAUGUGUGUCAAAUAUGAGUUUUAAAUUAGGGGUGCAGAUGAAUGAGAACAUUGGGGUCAGGUCUUGUUCCUUAACUAUUGUACCCUUUCAAGAUUUUAUCAAUUGGGAAAAAAGUUUAAACCUUUAUGUA